UUCUACUAAAGUUUUUGAUAGCACGUUCGCCGCGUUAUCAACGCAUACUGUUAACGUUAAAAAAUGCAUAUGAAUUUUUUACACUAUUAAAUUAUUUAUCUAAAAACUAGUUGAAAAAGAAAUACGUGGACUCUAAUAUAUACUAAGUGGGUUUUACAUGGGUUACGUGGAUCUAAAUCGUAAUACGAUCAAAUAAAAUCGCAUUUAUAUUUUUGAUUACGUGGAGAACGCAAAGCUGGAAAGUGUGUAACUAACGCAUUUUGUAUUAUAAUCCGCGGUAUAUUAAAGAAAAUAAACUGCCUGAUUAUGUUUCCUAGUGCAACAAUUUGGGUAUUAUCAACGCUUUUGGCCUUCUUAAGCUGUAGUUCCUUCGCGGAAGAUGUCGACUCUUGCUAUUCGUUCGCCGGUGGUUCGGUUUAUCCAGCUGAAAAUUCGAAGGGAGAUCAUACCUUACAAACUACCAAGGCAGUCAUUUCCAAGCCGGCACCUUACUUCGAAGGUACAGCAGUGAUGGAUAAAGAGUUCAUCAAGUUAUCUCUGAAUCAAUACAUAGGAAAAUAUGUUGUGUUAUUAUUUUAUCCAUUGGAUUUCACCUUUGUAUGCCCUACAGAAAUUAUCGCCUUUUCCGAUCGUAUUGCUGAAUUCCGUGAAAUUAAUACUGAGGUCAUCGCUUGUAGCAUUGACUCGCAUUUUACGCAUCUAGCUUGGAUAAAUACUGCUAGAAAGGAAGGAGGCUUGGGCAAUGUUAAAAUACCAUUGCUGUCUGACUUAACUCAUACAAUAAGUAAAAAUUAUGGUGUCUAUUUAGACGAUUUGGGUCAUACAUUACGUGGGCUUUUCAUUAUUGAUCAACUCGGGAUUGUGCGUCAAAUCACGAUGAACGAUUUGCCGGUCGGACGAUCUGUCGAUGAAACUUUACGAUUAGUACAAGCAUUCCAAUAUACAGAUACUAAGGGCGAAGUAUGCCCAGCAGGCUGGAAGCCAGGUGCAGACACUAUUGUACCCAAUCCAAGGGAGAAAGCCAAGUAUUUUGAAAAGAACAACUGAAAAGUAUUGUGGCAUAUGGCAUGUGGCAUUUUAUAAAAUAUAUACACAUAUAUACGUAGCUCAUUUCUUUUUAUUUUCUCUAUGUACGUAACAAGUCCGAAUGGACUUUAAUGAAAUUAUUGCGCACACGUUGUGAAUUUUUUUUCGUCGCAUUCAAAUACUUCCUAGUUAUCAACAAUGUACAAAACAUCAACUUUACUUAACAUAUCUUUGCCUAAAACUUAUGCAGCUUUGUCGGUCUGACCGCAUUUCUAAAUCUCCGAGUCAUC